GGGGGGCCAAGGUUUUAUUAACCCAAGAAGUUUUGCUUCUAAUUCUUGGUCAUCAGCUGCGUUCUUAUAAAGAAUUGUCGUUUUGAUCAUUUCCAAAGCCUUUCUUUGAUUCAUCACUUCGACUGAGCUAAAACCUCUAUCCAAAAAUGGCGUCUUCAAUAGCUUCAAUGGCGGCUCGACGAGCGGCAAUCCUGACAACUCGGUUCGCUUCUCCUCCCAGCUCGGCCUCGCAAGCGGCUUCUCUCGUCCACCGCCGUGGCCUCGCCUCCGCCGCCGAUCAUCAUGGACCUGCGAAGGUGGACUUUUGGAAAGAUCCAAUGAAUCCGUCUAAGUGGAAAGAAGAGCAUCUUGUGAUUAUUUGUUGGACUGGCUGGGGUUUGCUUUUCACCACGGCUUACAAGUUUGCCACUGGAGGCAAAAAGAAGGAGGAAGGGAAUGUAGUCGAAGCUUCAAAGUAGGCCGAAGACACCCAAAACCCAUAAUGUUAGAUGUCAGAGGUUUCCUUUCACAUAUGCACUUUACAUUUCCAGUUUCCUUUCUCACUGAAUUGGGAAGUUCUCUUGAUCCCUCUUCAUUGAAUAAGUUCUAAGACAAGAAUGCGAUGUAAUAUGUGUGAAUGACAUCUAUUGCUGGGAAACUAACUAGUCAGUUAUUAGGCAUUUGGAUCUUGGCAUUCUAAGCAUGUUUUACGUUGCCUGUUAGAAACAAUUUAUACAGCUGAAGUUUUUGCUUCUACACCAGAAUGUUUUCUCAAUAACGUCUUGGUGCACAGCCAAACUUCCUCCAUAAGCUUCAAUUUCAAAUGCUCUUAUUUUACUUUUCCAAAUAUGUAUGUUGAAGCCGCAGGUGGAAAUUGAUAAGGUUUUUGGAUCCUAAUUAUGUGCGGGGUGAUUCUAUCAUUGUCGUUGGGGGUAAACUCAUCAGAAGUGAUAAUCUGUAACCUAUUAUGGUUGUCACUUGUUAGACUUGUAUUUGACGAUUGAUCUCAUCAAUUUCAACUAUUUUUCUUA